AACUGUGAAAAAGACCUCUCUUUCUCUAGACCUUGCAUUAUUUGCAUUUAUUUGCGUUCAUCCAAUGGUAUAAAUCUAAAAAGAAAAAAAAAAGAGAAAAAAAGAAAAGCAAAUCCCAUCAAUCAGCUACCUUUUGAUCGAUCAAGGAAUCUGAUCAUCAAUCCAAAAACAGAUUGAUAGCCGUUGGAUUUGAUGACUCCUAUGUUGACAUGUCGCCGGCGUUAAUAGACCCCGGAGGAGCUUCUUAUUCAACCCCCAAUGGUCAGGUUUCUUCUGGUCCUUUUACAUUGAAUUCAUUUGGGUCUUUUUCUGUUUCUCAAUCGAAAUUUUCACAAGAAAAGAUGAACCCAUCUUCUAGUUUUGGAUUUGGAAGCGAUUUUAAUUCUGGGUUUUCGGAUUCCAACCCGAAUAAUCCCGAUUUUAGCUUCAAUACGCCGUCCACACAACGACCAUCGGCCGGCCUUGCUAGGCCAAGGCUUGUUAAAAUUAGAAAGCAAUUGAAUUCCCAUAAUUUGAAAUCUUCAGGCGAUUUAGGAAUUCGGUUAGGGCCGGGUUUUAAUCCAUUUCGGCCUGUGUCCGGUGUUCCAGGCCCGGGUGGGAAUUUAGAGGGAGGAGUUGUGGAAGAAAUGAGGAAUUUGAGAAUUGGGAAAGGUUGUGGUUUAGGUGAUCAAAGUUUAGUUUUUAAGCUUCCGGACGAGUUAAGGAAGUUGAACAUCGAGGACGGUUCCAAGGGUAAUUGGAGCAAUGUGAAUGAUAGCAACGUAGGUGGUUAUCUUGGAGAAGGUGUGGAAACUGGAAAACUUCCGGAUGAGUUGCAGAGCAAGUUGAAUAUUAAAGGCGGUGAGGAUUUUGUUGAUGGAAGUAAGAAGGUAUUCGUAUUUACGGGCGGAAAAGGUAGUGAUUCUUUGGUCGGAAGCUCAACAGAUGCUGUUCGAGAUAGGAUCAAGAAUUUGAAUAUAAAGGGGUCCGAUGAUAGUAAAACGAAUGAGAAGACAGGUGAAAAGUCUGGUCAUCUUGGUGGGGAAAGAGAGAAGGUAUUGUCAACUGAGAUGGAGAGGAAAUUGAAUAUUAAGAGUGUUUCGGGAGAUUCUACUGCUCAAACUGACAAGGGAUUUUCUUCUUCACAAAUAUUUGGAAAUGAUGUACGAACUGAAAAGUUGGAUGAUAAGAAGCUCGAAGAGUUCAGUAAUUCUCUACAUAAAGAAUCUGUUUUCCAGGCAGCAACAUCGGGUUUGUAUCCAAGUGAUAUUAGACCUGGUGAAGCUGCAGCAUCAUCAACUCUGUUUUCAUCUACUACAAUGCAUUUCCAGCCCGGUGCAAAUUCCUUUGGCUCGACUUCUAGUAAACCAGAAAAGAAGGAUGGGUUUGGUUUUACGGCCAAACAAGAUACUAUAGAUACACCCUUUGUAGAAUUCAAAACUCCUCAUUCACAGGCAAAUAUGUUCUUUGGAUUAAAUAAAAAAUUAGAAUUUAGUGCAAAGAAAGAAACCAGUAAAACCACAAAAGUCAAGAAAAGGAAAGGAAAGUUGAAGCAAUCUACACCAGUCCAGCUACGGCAUGGACCAGAUUUUGUUUCUAGUAAAACUGGUGCUUGGGAUAAUGCAGAUGCUUCGGAGUAUUCACCAAUGGAUGUCUCACCAUAUCAAGAAACCCUAGCUGAUACUCGAUGUUCAAGAGAAUCUUCCGUAGUUUCGGAUGAGUCACAACCAGUAGUUCCCAAUGAUGCAAUAGAUGAGGAUCUGGUUACUGCAACACAACAUAUGGAUAUAAAAGGAAGUGAGAAAGAUGAAAUAAAAAUGGAGGGUUAUGGAGAUGUUUUCAAUAAAGCUGUUGCUACUAAAGCUCCUCAAGAAGAUUCUGUAUCAGGGGCUGAAACUGAAAGCUUUAUAUCUGCAGUUGAGGAGAUAGAUGAUAACAGUGAUAUUGCUCUUAGUUCAGCUGAAAAGGAAGUCACUUCGAGAUUGAAUAUCGAGAGGCAAGAUAGUGACACUCAGAUGUACUUUUCUUCCACUUCUAAUUCAGAACAUAUAAGUGGGUGUGACUUCACCUUUGCUGCGUCUUCUUCAGCUCAAAGUCAACUAUCAUCACCAACACGCUAUCACCGAAAGAAGAAUUCGGCUAAAAUUUCUUUUGAUACUCCUUAUUCCGGUUCAAAUGUGAGAAUUCCUUGUGCAUCGUCUUCUGCACAGUUUUCUCCUUACCCUGGAGCUUCAGUGCAUUUAUCUCCCCUACAAGGUCAAAAAACAGAUUUAUCUACUCUGCAAAGCAACGUUGGAGGGAAUUCUAUGCUGAACAAAGGACCGGAGAUCAAGCAUGAUUCUAAUUUGACUGGUGCAAGCACUGCAGCUCAGGAAUCAUGUGAAAAGUGGCGAUUAAGGGGAAACCAAGCCUAUGCGAAUGGAGAUUCAUCCAAAGCUGAGGAAUAUUAUACACAAGGGAUAAGUUGUAUUCCUGAGAGUGAGACAUCUAAAAGCUGCCUUCGAGCAUUGAUGCUGUGCUAUAGCAACCGUGCAGCUACACGAAUGUCUCUUGGAAGAAUGAAAGAUGCACUAGGAGAUUGCAUGAUGGCCAUGGCAAUAGAUCCCAACUUUUCAAGGGUUCAACUUAGAGCAGCUAAUUGCUACCUUGCCCUUGGGGAAGUUGAGAACUCAAUGCGAUACUUCAGGAAGUGCUUGCAAUCUGGAACUGAUGUUUAUGUGGACCGAAAAAUUGCAUUAGAAGCCUCUGAUGGCCUACAAAAGACACAGAAAGUGUCUGAAUGCAUGCACCAAUCUACCGAACUUUUGCAAAGAAGAACAUCUGAUGGUGGCGAGAGUGCUGUGGAACUAAUUGCUGAAGCCUUGAAAAUAAGCAUGUACUCGGAAAAAUUACUUGAAAUGAAAGCGGAAGCCCUUUUCAUUCUGCGCAAAUACGAAGAGGUAAUUCAGCUGUGUGAGAAGACAUUUGAUUCAGCUGAAAAGAAUUCCUUAUCAUUUGAUAGCAAUGGUCAAAUAGCCAAUCUGGAUAGUUCGAGUUUCUUGAAGGACUUGACCUUUAGAGUUUGGCGGUGUCGCAUGAUCUUCAAAUCUUAUUUUCAUCUGGGAAAGCUUGAAGAGGCUAUUGCUUUUCUGGAGAAGCAAGAGGAAUUGCAGUCCUCUAUGUAUAGGGAUGGAAGCAACAGUCUAGAAUCAUCAAUCCCAUUGGCUGCUACUGUCCGCGAACUCUUGAGUCAUAAGGCUGCAGGGAAUAAAUCAUUUCAAUCGGGAAGACACUUGGAAGCUGUUGAACAUUAUACUGCUGCUUUAUCUGGCAAUAUGGAGUCCCGGCCUUUUUCAGCUAUUUGUUUCUGUAAUCGUGCUGCUGCGUAUAAAGCACUGGGUCAAAUCACUGAUGCAAUUGCUGAUUGCAGCCUUGCCAUAGCACUCAACGGCAAUUAUUUGAAGGCAAUAUCUAGACGAGCCACUUUAUACGAGAUGGUUAGAGACUACGAUCAAGCAGCCAGUGAUAUUGAAAGAUUUAUUUCGCUUCUCAUGAAGCAAAUGGAGGCGAAGACCAAUCAAAUUGGAACAACUGACCGACCAAUGAACUUUGCAAAUGACUUGAGACAAGCUCGUUUGUGGCUUUCUGAAAUCGAGGAAGAAGACAAAAAGGAAGUCCCUCUGGAUUUCUAUCUAAUUUUGGGGGUCGAACCAUCUGUUUCAGCAGCAGAAAUUAAGAAGGCAUAUCGGAAAUCUGCUCUUAGACAUCAUCCUGACAAGGCUGUUCAAUCCCUUGUAAGACAUGAAAACGGAGAUGAUAGGCUUUGGAAGGAGAUAAGAGAAGAGGCCUACAAGGAUGCUGACAAACUAUUUAAGAUAAUUGGAGAGGCAUAUGCUAUACUUUCGGACCCUAUCAAGCGCUCAAGGUACGAUCUUGAAGAAGAGUCGAGAAAUGUGCAAAAGAAACGUACUGGAGCCACAUCCAGAGCCGCUACAACAGAUGCUCAAAGUUAUUCAGUAGAUAGAAGUAGGCAACAUUGGAGGGAGGUCAGAAGAUCGUACGGCUUCUCAACCUCCAAAGCAUCCGAAACCACUCAAUCAAGCAGAUUCUAUUGACAAUUAUGAGCCUUGCGUUAGAAGAGAAUCUCGAGAUCUAACAAUUCCAAUACAGAUUAAGAACUCAACAGAACGGAAUCUACUCUGACCGUAAUCAAGAACUAGGUGUGUGCUCUUACCGAAGGGUUGGUUUCUUUAACACUAUAUCAAUGGAUUUAAAUAUGAACUAACAAAGUUGAACAGUUGAAAUCUGAAAGAAGCCCUUUCUGUUUCAAGGACAUUGCUUGCUUAUCAAGUAAACCAAAAAAAAAAAAUAGUACAGGUGACAUCAUAAACACCAUGGAAGCUUUGAAGGGUUUUUGCAGCUUUCUUCCUCAAGCUGAUAUUCCCUAAUUUUGAGAGCAGUUUUUUUUUUUUUUGGUUUUGGGGGAGGUUAAUACAUUUUACCAUAUUUUCUUGAUUGAUUGUUUGAUUUAAUUGCUUUGUUUAUGAAAAAGAGAUGAAGCUUCUGAAAUGAAAGAUGUUUUGAUUGUGUACAGUUGUUUUUCACCAUUUGAAAAAUCAAAGUUUGAACGAGUAAACUCUUUUGAUCUUCUA